UGGAUAUCGGACGAGUUAAACAAUCGAUUGGUGUGGGAUAUCGAUAGCAUAGCGGGGACGACUGUAAACGCCAUGGCUGUUGUCUGGAUUAACAUUGUUUAUCGCUGCUAGCACUACGCAUUUGUGGUUCAACCGAAAUAUUGAAACUCCCUGCCAAAUAACCGCGUGUAAAAUGAAAGCAAGUCCUGACAACAAACCACCAUUCAAAAAGGUGCGAAAAAUAUGUGGUGCCAACUUUCCAGCUAGAAGAAUACCGCCAAAUGUUCUGAAACGCACCCUCGAAAUCCUAACGAAUCCCGAGGAUGGCUUUUGGAUCAAUAAAAACACAGCGUGCGCUCCUCCAACCAGCUAUGAAUUAUAUAGCAAUGCAAGACGAUCCAUUACCAUUGAAAAACUACGAUUGGCUCGAAACUGCCUUAUGCAGCGGGACUACAAGAACCUGGCUAAAAUAUUGGCCUCCAAUCUAUUCGGCGACUCUCUGCUCGAAAGGGCCUCUUUCGCAUUGUUCUCGGAUAUUGCAAGCAUUCUCCAAAAGCACCCAAAACUCAACGCGAAGGGGGCCAAGUCCCAGGAGGAACCGACUCCUCCCAAAAGUCCCUCUAUUGAGGAGGAAGCCAUGGAAGCUCUUCAGUUUUAGUUUGAAACUUGUUUUACUCACAAUCCAACCAGCAAAUUCAAACGACUUUCUAUAAUUUUUGGUAAAAACACAACCUUAUAUAUGUGUAUAUUUAAUAAGCGUUAUGUUCUUCCUUUUAUUUGACUUACAUAUAAUAUCAAUACGUUUAAGGUUUUGCUAAAUAAAUACUGAAACGUG